UGCUGAAAAGUGCUCGGUACGUAAAGCCGGAGGGUUGUGCACAGUCCAGGUUAACCAGGUCCGCUUGAGUUGUGGUUGAGGAACUUCUGUUGGUGUUGGGGGCCGCAGGAAUCCAUAGCCAUGGAUGACUCACAUAUGCUUCGAGACCUGCUUUAGAUUUGGGUUUUCCUGGAGAGCUUACAACUACGCUGAAGUUGAAUGAAUUGUAGAACAGACCUAUGUGAUGGGAGUUUCUAACUAUUGAUGGUUUCACAUUCCUGGACUCAAGCAUCCUGAGACUGUUGACUAUAUUUUACCAUGUCCAGCUUAGUCUCCCUUUUCUUUAAAGGUGAUAAAUAGUCUACCUUUUGCUGUAGAGUUAGAAUUUUGAAGCACAGUCUUGAAGGCACAAGCCUGUAAUCCCAGCUACUUGGGGAGUGGAAGCAAGAAAUUUGCAGAUUCAAGGCCUGCCUGGGCUACAAGGCCAGUGGUGGCAGAGUCAACGUGGAACUAUGCUUCGUGGUGUUCUGGGAAAGGCUUUUCGACUUGCUGGCUAUACCAUUCAGUAUGGGUGUAUAGCUCAUUGUGCUUUUGAAUACGUUGGUGGUGUUGUCAUGUGUUCUGGACCAUCAAUGGAACCCACAAUUCAAAAUUCAGAUAUUGUCUUUGCAGAAAAUCUUAGCCGACAUUUUUAUGCUAUCCAAAGAGGUGACAUUGUAAUUGCAAAAAGCCCAAGUGAUCCAAAAUCAAAUAUUUGUAAAAGAGUAAUUGGUUUGGAAGGAGACAAAAUCCUCACCACCAGUCCAUCAGAUAUCUUUAAAAGCCGUAGUUAUGUGCCAACAGGUCAUGUUUGGUUAGAAGGUGACAACUUAGAGAAUUCGACAGACUCCAGGUACUACGGACCUGUUCCCUAUGGACUAAUACGAGGGCGGAUCUUCUUUAAGAUUUGGCCUUUCAGUGAUUUUGGAUUUCUGCGGGACAGCCCAAAUGGCCACAGGUUUUCUGAUGAUUAGCAAACAUUUAUUUUUUGACUUGAUUAUUGUCUCCUACUCAAUGAAUUUAUUACUGCAGUUGAAACCAUGAAUUUACCAAUAAACUAUUUGCUACUCAGUUUUA